CCAGAAUCUACAACCCAGCGAAUCCCAACGCCACCCUCAGUCAUGAAGGCCACUUUCGAAGUGGCGGGCUAUACGACCCUCCCACUCCAACUCCCAUCAACACCCACAUACCCAACACCAGCCGCCCACUACCUCUACAUCCGCCCUCACGAGCCACGCAUUCCAGACCCAGACUCCGCCCGCUCCCUCUUCAUCGUCAACGCCCCAAUUGACACAACAGAAGUCCACCUGCGCAACCUCUUCAGCACCCAACUCUCCGCCGGCCGCGUCGAGCGCGUCACCUUCGAAGACGUCCCCGUGAAAAAAGCCGGCCUCGCAACCGCAACAGAACCAAACCUCUCCCACCGCUCCAACAAAAAACGCAAGCGCGUCACCGCCGAUGAUCUCCAAGGAACCCUAGACUCGAUCCAGGUCCCUUCAAGCUGGGACCGUGCACUCCAUAAAUCCGGCGCCCACGCCAUCAUCGUUUUCGCCGACAAACCCAGCAUGGAAUCCAGCCUGAAAGCCGCCGCAAAGGCCGCCAGAAAGGGCACGGCUCUGCUCUGGGGUGACGGUAUCCCCGCAGACCGCAUCCCUGCACUAGGCGUGCAGCGGUAUCUUUCUCAUGAGAAGCGCCGGUAUCCCGAGCGCGGUGCGCUCCUGCGCACCGUCAACGACUUUAUGACCGUCUUUGAGCAGGUGUCCGAGGCGCGGAAGAAGGAGGAGUCGAGGAAGGCUGAGGAGCCUGAUGAGGAUGGCUUCGUUACUGUUACGAACGGACCGAAGUUGAACUCCGUUGCCAGGGCGGAGGAGAUGAGGGAGCUUGUUGAGAAGCAGAAGAAGAAGGAGGCCGGGUUGGAAGACUUUUAUCGGUUCCAGAGUCGGGAGAAGAGGAAGGAGAGGCAGCAGAUGUUGCUUAGGCGGUUUGACGAGGAUAAGCGCAAGUUGGAGGAUAUUAAGAUGCGGAGGGGCAAGAUCCGGCCCGAAUGAGGAAGUGUAUAGCAUAAAAGCAUGGCGUUUUGGGAGUUCGAGCUGGGCUGGACCGGGGACAUUAUUCUCUCUUAUCAAGUUCCUGGUACAGUGGUUCCCUUGGUUCUAUUGGGUUCUUUACUGUAGCUACGAUAAUCUAGCCUCAUCCAUGCUCGGGGGCCUACCAACCCCUGAGUAGCGACAGACUCUGGGAGAGUCAAUUAAAAAGUCGCUAAGCAGUGCCUCGGAUAUGAUAGAAGAUUUGGAAUACAUGGAUGAAACGCUCAAGUUGUUCGUACAAAUGUCCGCAGCAUAUCAUUAUACGCAUAUGUGUUUCAUUCCU